AUGAACAAGAGAUCUGACUCGGACCAAUCGAUACAUAUGCCUUGGAAGUUGAGAAACGAGACCAAGGUACCUCACGAAGACGUCCGAGUCAAGUGCAGAGUCGAUCAAGCCGAGCAGAUCAUAUUCUACAACCGACCAGCGCUACGAAGAUCGCCCUGGCUGUAUCUGGUACUUGCCAUCCAGCCAUUCAUGACAGCCAUCAUCCUCGGACUGACUGGCAUGCUUCACUCGGAGCCCCUGAGCAAGGAAUCCGGCCUCGCCUCGAUCUUGUCGGUCAUCGACAGUCGGAGCCUGAGCAGCUUGGCGGAAGCAUCUCUGUUAGGGGAGCUGUCGCGGCCUGUCCGGCUGACAAUGUUCCCCGUUCAAUCCGGCGAUAAGCCAACGAUCCAGUACUGUAUAGGGGCGUCUUCAGGAGAACGAAAGCAAAAUGGGAAGCUGUCUGGGAAAGUUUUCUAUCACUGA